GGGGACAAGGGCUUCGGUGGUCAGAAGGGAAAUGUCGACAAUCAUAGUGGUUCCAAGAAUGAUAAGCCAUUGAACGGUAAUGACGCUGGUCCUCUUUUUGGUCCUGAUAUGCCUAUAACGGCUGACGGUAGAGCCGGGCCGUAUGGUCCGUGGAUGAUGGCCAAAACGACUGGGCGACCAUUUAGAGGGGCCCACAAAGGGACCAAUUGGGAGGCGGACGGUGAGGCACCGGGGACCCAACCGGACAUCCCACAGCCGUCGGGGGUUAAUGGGGAUUCACGUGGCUCGUUAACGGGACUGGGGGUGUCAAAGGGCACGGCUAACACUGGUGGUAAAGGUGAAUGGAGGGUGGUGACGGUAAAAAGACGAAGCAGGACAUCUAAGACGAACAAGCAGACGCCUCACGGGGAUGAAGGAGAGUCGAGUGGUCUCAAGAAGAGUGGCGGUGUGGGGCCUCACUUGGUUGCACGUUCUUCCGAUGCUCUUGCGCUCGAGACGAGAUUUCUUGAUGCUCUCUGUAUGACUGGGCGAGCUAUUUCUUCACAGCAGGCCAUGGUGGUCCCAAUGGAGUCUGAUUUAGACUCUUCGAAGCACCUCGCGGUCCAAGUUCUGGAUUCAACAGUUCUGGAUCCGGUGACCGAUAAUGAGUUUGAUAUAGAUCCGAGUGAUUCGGCAAUGGAAGUCACCUCGCCCUGUUUAGCUACACAACAUCAUGACAGAGCGAGUCACGACUUCCAUGUAACCACAUUGAAAACGUUGAGGAAAAUUGAUUAA